GUAUAGAAACGGAGCGCUGAGAAAGCGAAGAAACGGAAAAGAAAGCGAUAGAAGCAGACGACGGCGUGUAGCAGUAUAGGGAUGAUGUUCGGUGGCGGAGGAGAUGGUGAAGUGUUGGGCGGAAUGGGCGUGAUGAGGGCAGCGGCGGUGCUGAGUCCCAAAUCACAGGCGGCGAUGCAGGCGCAAGCGCAGUGGGGCGAGCAGGAGACGAGGGAGUUCAUCGCGAUCCGUGCGGAGGCGGAGAUGGAGAGGGACAGGAUCACCGCCGGUAACGCGUCCAAAAGUAGCAAGAGGAGCAAAACGACCACGCUUUGGGAGCUGGUGAGCGCCAGGAUGGGGGAGAGAGGGUACAAGAGGACACCGGAGCAGUGCAAAUGCAAGUGGAAGAACCUCCUCAACCGCUACAAGGGGAAGGAAACAGCUGAUCCGGAGAAUGGGCGGCAAUGCCCAUUUUUUGAGGAGCUCCAUGCAGUAUUUACUGAAAGAGAAAAGCACAUGCAGAGAUUACUUGCUGAAUCUGAGGCAGGUUCUUCCCAGUCAAAGAAAAGGGUCAAGAGAUUGACUGGAGAUCGAUCCUCGGAUGAAUUCUCAGAUGGCGAUGACGAGGAUGAAGAUGAUAGCGAGGCGGAGAGGCCUGCUAGAAGCAAUCCACGAAGAAGGAAGGUUGAAGGACUCACAAUGGACAAGUCUUUAAAAGCAGCAACCAAUACAGGGACUGUUAGCUUUAGUACUAGCGGCAGUACUCGGGAAUUGCUGAAGGAUUUUUUCCAGCAGCAACAUAGGAUGGAGAUGCAGUGGAGGGAGAUAAUGGAGAGGCGUGUGCAAGAGCGGCUGUUAUUCGAGCAGGAAUGGCGAGAGACAAUGGUGAAGCUUGAGAGGGAUAGGCUAAUGUCGGAGCAGAUUUGGAGGGAGAGGGAAGAACAGAGGAGGAUGAGAGACGAGACCCGGGCAGAGAGGAGGGAUGCCCUGUUGACUACCCUCUUGAACAAACUUAUCCAUGAAAAGAACCUCUGAGGUUGAGCUUGUCUCUCUCAUUGAUCUCCUCAUUGCUUCCAAAUGUUUUGGUUUACCUGGCAGCUUGUGAAGAAAUACAUACUAGAGUGAAUGAAGAAAGAAGAUCUAUAUAAACAGGAUAGACAUGGAUAGUUGUGAUUUGUAUAGGUAUACAAAGGCCCUUUGUUUGCUAAUUUGACAUCAAUAGACAGCUUUUGGAUAUUCUUUCAUGGUAAUUAAGAGGGGAAGUUUUAUAUCCAUGGUCUGCAGCUCUUACCUGGGGAAGGUAUUGCUUCAGGAGACUUUGGCUUUCAUUUUUUAUUUUUAUUUUUCUCUUCGUGGGCUUAUUUCCUUCUUUGGAGAAAACAAGUGAGUAUGAUAAGUACGUUGGUUGUAUUUAGUUAUUUAUUUGUUUUUUGUUUGGUUA